AUGGAACAACUGUAUGCGUUGAUUGAUGAGGUAGCAACUGAAAAACAAAAUGGCAGUCAUGUUGUUGCAGCCAUGGUCGUAGCUGGAAUAUUACGUGGUUCCAAGUAUUGGACGUUGGAGAUGCUUGACGAAUUGUGGAGAAAACUAACUCCAUUUCUGAGUAAAGUUCUACCACAUCUCACUUCACAGACAUGUGGCUAUUGGCAUUCAUGCUUUCAAUAUAGUAUGGAAGAUGUAGAUCCUCGUCGAAUUCAUCAUCUCAUCCACUAUUUUCAUCAAUUGAUCAAUGAUCGUGAAACUGGAAUUACAUCAACCGAGACAUCUCGUUGGUAUCUUAUUCAAUGUCUGGAAGGUCUGGAAUGGCGGAUACCUUCCAUUUGGGGUGAAAUCAAUGAAAAAGGAAAAGAAUUGCUGGAUAAUUCCUCUAGUUCUAUUCGAAAGAAUCUUGUUUCCUUACUAGCAAUAUCGGUUUCAUUCGGUGUCAAUUGGAAAGAUGGAAUACUGACACGUCAUCCUGACAUUGAUACAUUCUUCGAUUAUCUUUGUGAUCGAUUGGGUCAAACAAUUGAAACCUAUGAAAAAGUAUCCCCAACUAACGAAAUGACUCUCAAUGAUCCCGAGACCAAGAAAGCUUUUGAUUUUUUUGAAUCAGGUAAACACAGUGUUUGA